UUCAAGAAAAAACUUCGAUUCACUUUUUUUGGGCUAUUUUAACUGUUGUUCAAGUAAAAUUUACUUCAUUUUUUAAUUGUUCAUGCUUUUCUAAAAGAAAAAAUGCUAAAGUUAAAUUGUUGUUCUGCUUCCUAAUGUUAUUAUUGAUAAACGUGUCUAUAUAAUAUUCUUGGUAUGCAUUUAUUUGGUGAUGAAUUUUGUUCAAUAGAAGCAUUUAAUAUAACAUCACAUAAAGAAAUUCAUAUUAAAUGUAAAUGUUGUACAUGUUAUCAAAAUGAUUUUUUUUAAAAAUGCUAUUCAUCUCAAAGAUUUUUAUUGUUUACAACAGAAAAAAAAAUUCGAUUCAUUAGCUUUUGCAUUAUUAAUCGUUUUUUAGGUAGCUUUGCUCGAAUACUAUACUACAUUAGACAUUAUUCCCUUGAAUGAUAUUAACACUAUUUUACCUCGCAAACCAAAUUUAACCUAUUUAGCAGUCUGAUUAGAAAAUUUUCAAAGGUGUUUCACUAUUUCUUUUUUUCUAAAUAGUUAAUAAGAAAGAAAGAAAAAAAGCAACAAAACGAUUGAUCUUCACCGAAGACAAUGAUAGAGAACGAUCUUCUUCGAUAAAUUCUCAUUAGAAACAAUUUUGUAUCUCUUAUCUUGUUUGCUCACUUUAUAUAUAUAUAUAUGUAUAGUCAUUGCUUAAAUUUUUGCACUGUAUACCUAUUGUUAUAUGUCUGCUUGCUUAAAACACAGCUAAUCACAUAAGAUAAUAAUUCGCAAAAAAUAUUUUUCAAAUAGGUUUUAACUCAAGAAGAUUGGAAUGAAGUACUUUACAAUGGCAUGGAAAAUACAAGUGUAUUAACAGCCUUAAAAUGGGUAAUAAUUUUGAUACUGGAAGUAAUUCAAAUUGAUAUGGAAAAGUUGAUCCAUUCAAAGUUAGAAGAAUUAUUUACAGGUGAUAUUGAUAUAACUGAUAAUUCACAUGAUUUAAUUAGUGAUGAAACAGAAAGUCAUAAAACAAACAAUUUAAUUUUAUUUCAAGAAGUAAAAAUAAUGAGUAUACUAAAAAAAAUUGCAAUAAGUAAUAAAAAUGAUUCAAGUUUACGUGUUGUUGAAAAUCAAUUAAAUAAAAGUUCAAAUUCAAAUUCAAAUAAUUCAUCACCAUAUAAAUCAAUAAUUAAAAUUCGUUCAUCUAAACCUCAAUCAUUAUCAUCAUCAACAACACAAAGUUUUCAUACAUCUCUUAAUUAUAUAACACUUGCUAUGGAACAUUCAUUGAUUCCAACAACAAGUCCUGAACGACAAUUUUUAAAUUUAAUAAAUAUAAUAUUUACAAUAGAAAUGCCGGCAAAAGUAAUGGUAAGUGAAUUUAUAUUUGGAUUGCAUACCUAUUUACUUAUUAGUCGAGUACCUGGUCUUAAACUUGUUGUACAAACAUUACUUUCAUCAUUACGACUAAUUGGUUAUAUUGUUGUUAUAUGUUGUACGUUUUUUUUUUAUUAUAUUUAG